CAGCCCAGGUUCCGUCCCCCGCGGCGCCGCGCACGCCGAACCUGGGCGGGGCGGGCGGACUGGGCCCCGGAACCGCGGAGCCAGCCCCUCCCGCCUUCCCCGCGCCGGGUGCCCGGGUCGUCAUGGAGCCCCGAGCGGUUGCGGAUGCCCUGGAGACGGGGGAGGAGGACGUGGUCAUGGAGGCUCUGCGCGCGUACAACCGCGAGAACUCGCAGAGCUUCACGUUCGAUGCUGCCCAACAGGAGGACAGGCAGAGACUGGCGGAGCUGCUGGUUUCUGUUCUGGAGCAGGACUUGCCCCCCUCCCGCCGGGUCACCUGGCUGCAGAGCAUCCGCAUCCUGUCCAGGGACCGUAGCUGCCUGGACGCCUUCACCAGCCGCCAGAGCCUGCAGGCCCUUGCGUGCUACGCCGGUGUCGCCGAGGGGGCGGCCCCUGGGCCCCUGGACAUGGGCGUUGUACUCGAAUCCCUCAAGUGCCUGUGCAACCUGGUGCUCAGCAGCCCCCAGGCCCAGGCGCUGGCAGCAGAGGCCCGCCUGGUGGUGAGGCUCGCCCAGCGCGUGGGGCUGCACGGGGAGAGCAGCUUCCCCCACGAGGUCCAGCUCUUUGACCUGCGCCUCCUGUUCCUGCUCACGGCACUCCGCCCCGAGGUGCGCCAGCAGCUGUUCCAGGAGCUGCAGGGCGUGCCCCUGCUCACCGAGGCCUUGCAGCUGGCGCUGGGCGUGGCCCCGGGCCAGAGCCCCCCAGAGCGCCUCCCUCCCCCGCAGACGGAGCGGGCCAUGGAGGUCCUCAAGGUGCUCUUCAACAUCACUUUCGACUCCGUCAGGAGGGAAGUGGACGAGGACGACGCUGCCCUUUACCGGCGCCUGGGGACUCUGCUGCGGCACUGCGUGAUGGUGGCCGCUGCUGGGGACCGCACGGAGGAGUUCCACGGCCACGCAGUGAACCUCCUGGGGAACCUGCCCGUCAAGUGUCUGGACGUCCUGCUGGCCCUGGAGCCGCGCAAAGGCUCCCUGGAGUUCCUGGGCGUGAACAUGGACGUGAUGGGCGCCCUCCUCAGCUUCCUGGAGAAGCGCCUGCACCAGACGCACCGGCUGAAGGAGGGCGUGGCCCCCGUGCUGAGCGUGCUGACCGAGUGCGCCCGCCUGCACCGCCCUGCCCGCAAGUUCCUAAAGGCCCAGGUGCUGCCCCCGCUGAGGGAUGUGAAGACCCGGCCCGAGGUGGGGGAGCUGCUGCGGAACAGGCUGGUGCGCCUCAUGACACACCUGGACACCGACGUGAAGCGGGUGGCUGAGGAGUUCCUGUUCGUCCUGUGCUCGGAGAGCGUGCCCCGCUUCAUCAAGUACACGGGCUACGGGAACGCCGCCGGCCUCCUGGCUGCCCGGGGCCUCAUGGCAGGGGGCCGGCCUGAGGGCCAGUACUCGGAGGACGAGGACACGGACACGGAGGAGUACAAGGAGGCCAAGGCCAGCAGCAUCAACCCGGUGACCGGGAGGGUGGAGGAGAAGCCGCCCAACCCCAUGGAGGGCAUGACGGAGGAGCAGAAGGAGCACGAGGCCAUGAAGCUGGUGAACAUGUUCGACCGGCUCUCCAGGCACCGCGUCAUCCAGCCCAUGGGGGUGAGUCCCCAAGGCCAGCUCACCUCCCUGCAGGACGCCAUGUGCGAGAGCAUGGAGGGCCAGCUCUCCUCCGACGCAGACUCGGACCCCGACUGAGGGCGGCCGCCUGCCCGGCGGAGCCGGUGCUGCUUCCAGCCGUGUCCUCGGCCCCUUGCUCUUCACUCCCUAAGUUUUGUUCCCGCUCUCGCCUCUGGGACUGAGGCCUCGUCCUGCUGUCACUGUGGAAACCGGCUUCCUCAGGUGGCAGGUCUCGUGAGCCAGGAGGGUGCGGCGGCGGCUCCAGAGGGCAGGCCUGCGUUGGGGAAGGAAGCCCAGAGCCAGGCGGUUGGGGGAAAGAACCUGCUAGAACGUGUACUAAUGUCAGAAACACUCUCGAGGGCUGUGUGCUGUCUCCGUCCCCAGGGAGCGCCUCCUGGGUCCUGGCUCAGCUGCUCCUGGCUGUCCACGGCGCCCGAGCUCCCCCAGUUUCACAGUUGACUCUCCGUUGACGCCCCUGGCGUGGCUCAUAAACGCAUGAGGACUCGCUGCUCGUG